GUGUUCUCUCUUGUCAUGAAAUAUCCAGUCGUGAGUUUCGGUUGUGACUGAAUAUACAAAUAGCAAUGGCUGCAAAAGGCAACAUUUUUAAAGAACAGAACAAAGUGCAAUAUGGAUGGAAGACUCUUAGGUCACUUUCUGCAGAUAUAAGUAAUAAUGAAGACUUUGUACAGAAACUGAAAUUGGACACCAAGUUGACAGUGCAUGACGGCUGUGUGAACACUAUUUGUUGGAAUGACACUGGCCAAUAUAUUUUAUCUGGAUCAGAUGACCAGUUUCUCAGCAUUACUGAUCCUUUUUCGAAGAAAAGGCUGACAUCAGUUAGAUCUGGACACAGAUCAAAUAUUUUCAGUGCCAAGUUUAUGCCUCAGUCAAGUGAUGCAAAGAUUGUUUCAUGCUCAGGAGAUGGUGUGAUAUUUUAUACAGAUAUAUUAAGGGAAGAUUCCUGGGGAUCCAAUUCUUUUAACUGCCAUUUUGGAACUACAUAUGAGCUCCUCACUCUGCCCAACGACCCACACACUUUUCUGUCAUGUGGAGAAGACGGGGCAGUGCGAUGGUUUGACCUCAGGUUGAAGACAUCAUGUAGGAAGGAAAGCUGUAAAGAAGAUAUCCUGAUCCACAAUAAAAGAGCUGUGAGUGCCUUGGCUGUGGACCCUGUUGUUCCAUAUCACUUAGCAGUGGGCUGUGCCGACAGCACAGUGAAGAUAUUUGACAGAAGAAUGCUGGGUACCAGGCUUACCAAUAGUUAUCAUGGCAAAGGAAUCAAGGGGUUGAUGUCCUGCUUUUGUCCAUUGUCUUCUGAGGGUAGAACCCACCGGAUCACAUCACUACAGUACAGUGUAGAUGGGAGAGAGGUGCUGGCCAGCUACUCCUCUGAAUACCUCUAUCUUUUUGAUGUGAAGGAAGAAGCCAAAGAAGAGAAAACAUUUCACUUAGGAAGCUCUUUGAAGGAAGAAGCAACUUCAGAACCACCCGAGCCAAAUUAUGCAGCAGCAGGAACAGCAUCAGGGACAGCAUCAGAAUUAAGAGCCAUACCUGAAAAUGAUACAGCUUCGUCUAGCAAUAACAAAUCCCCAGGGAGACCUGUGCCUCGGCAGCCUCCUGUUAAGAGGUUGAGAUUACGUGGAGACUGGUCAGACACUGGUCCCCAGGCCAGACCAGAGAGGGAGAGAAAUGAGACGGAGAGUCCUCAUGUGACCAUUAUGCGCAGGAUGUCAGACAUGUUGGUGAGGUUGUUGGAUCCCGCACAACGAGAGGCACAGGAAGGACAACAGCAAGCAGACGACACUUCUGGCGAGGGGGAACAGCCAACUGAAACCCAAGAAGUUACGCUGAAUGAACAACCAACAAGUUCUACUGGUGGAAGUGAUGUCGCUGAAACCCAGGGUCAAGUCCAAAGUAGUGAAAAUAUUUGUGAUGAGAGAAGUGCAAUACAAGAGACAGAUCUAGAACAGACACAUUGUCCUCCCGCAGAGAGUCAGCAUGAAUCCCCAUCUUGUCAGGGAGCUGUAGGUGGUGCUGAUCCAGAAGAGAGUGAUGUAAACAUCUCAGAAACACCUGCAGCAACUUCCUCUGAAUCUCAAAGGGCAAUGAUAGAAAAAAUCGACAGAAUGCAAAGUGAGAUAACCUUUUUAAAACAGACCCUUAAAGACCGACAGGAAAACCCUGUGGUCAGUUUACAUUAUAGUGCAGAAGGGGUGGACUCUGGAAGAGUGGAAAUGAAUUUCUCCCUUCCACAGUCGAGAUCAGACAAUGAAGACUCUGGCCAGGGCCAUAGUGCAAUCAGUGAGCAAUCUCAGCAGCAAGCACCUGGGGUUUUCCCAGUUGAAGGAAAUGGACAUUUGGUGGGGGUGAGAGUUCAUACAGACAGGCAGGAGUCAAGAGAGCAUGAAAGUCAGGGUGAUGGAGGUGCUGGUGCUGUACGUACUCAGACAGACACAAUGACUCUCUUAGAUGAGCAGGCAGCUGACUUAGCCAAGGCAAAGAAAAUGCUGUUGGAAAGGGAUACAAAGGGUCAGACUGUAAGUGAAAUUGUGGAAAAUAGCACUGAAAGUUUAAGGCUAAGUAACAAUACUGGGGACACCUGUUCUUCAACAAGUACAGGUGAAGCCAGUGUGCCUGCUUGUGCAUGUGAUAAAAUUACUGACUCAAAUACGCUAGAGAGUUUGUCUUCUUCAUCAGACACUACAAAAACAGAACACACUUUUGACAGUUCAAUUACAAGUGCACAAACCAUGCCUGGCGAAACUUAUGGCCUGGAGCUGAAAUGUGACGAUCAGGUGCUGCCAUCUGUGAAUGUAAGCAGUGAAAGCCAGAACCAUGCAGCCACAGCAGCAGGCUCCUCGAGUCAGACAGAAGGUCCAGGUAGUACUGCUGGGCAUUCUGGUCAGUCAGAGAAUUCAGAUACUCCAUCCAGUAAACAAGAGAAUUCAGACACCAUGUCCAGUCAGCCAGAAAAAUUGGUCUCUUCAUCAAGUCAACAAGAGAGUUCAAGUACUACAUCCAGUCAGCCAGAGAAUCCAGAGACUGUAUCUGGUCAGCAAGAAUCCCAAGGCAGUACCUCCCGAGUCCAGGAAACCAGCUCUUCCAGUGCCAGUGGUGGUGGUAGACGUGGCUUCCAGCUGUUCAGUGACAUGUCCAGUGAGGAGGAGGAAGAGGACACCAGUAGCAGUGAGGAUGAGGACUUGCAUGCCAUUAUGAGAUUACGCAGUGAGGCAAGAAGACUGCAGAGAAGAACCUCCAGUGAUGCUCACCUGGAGAGAAAUGUGGCGGCCAUGAAGCUCCAGGAGGCGUUUAGGAAAAGACAGAAGGAGAAGGCAGAGAAAGCCGAGAUGGCCAAGGUGUUCAACCCCCCAGUGAAGAGAGUUUACAAGGGACAUAGGAACGCUAGAACCAUGAUAAAGGAAGCCACAUUCUGGGGAGACAAUCAUGUGAUGAGUGGAUCAGACUGUGGGCAUAUCUUUAUCUGGGACAGGCACACCACAGAGCUGGUCAUGAUGUUAGAAGCUGACAGACAUGUGGUCAACUGCUUACAGCCCCACCCUUUUGAUCCAAUAUUGGCCAGCAGUGGCAUUGACUAUGACAUCAAAAUCUGGUACCCAUCCAACACCCAGCCAGACUUCCACAAGGCUAAGGCUGAAGAGGUUGUAGCAAGGAAUGACAUUAUGCUUGAGGAGACCAGAGACACAGUCACUGUGCCUGCUUCUUUUAUGCUCAGAAUGCUGGCUUCAUUGAACCACAUCAGACAAGGUUGGUACAGUACAACUGACAAACAUACUGCAGUACACUUAGACAGCUAUACUGUUGACAAAGAAUGGCGUCGCAAUAGAAGAGAGAGGGAAAGUGGCAAUGUGGAGGAAAGAAGGAAUUCAUCCAGUGAAGAAGACUAA